AUGCUCUUCCCCAACCCCCGCCGCCGACCGCCCUACCUCCUCCUCACGAUCCCAAUCCUCCUAACACUCCUCUACAUCCGCCCCUCCCUUCCCUCCCUCUUCCACCACCCGCGACCUGCUCAACCCCUCGCCCAGCCGAACGCAACUACACACCUUCUCUCCCCGGCGAUCCAGAAAUACUGGUCCGACCUGCACUCCCUCCUGGCCGCGUCCGACCCCUCCAUCGAGCCCCUGAAAUCGACCCGCGACCCGACCCAAGACGAACUCGUCGACGAGACCCUCCCGCGCCCCGACGUGACCCCCGUGUCCGAGUCCGCCCUCAAGGCCCUGAAAUCCGCCCACGCGACCUACGUCUUCGGCCUCAAGUCCCUCGCCAGGCGCCUGCCCACAUGGGAGGGGUCCGCGGGGAUCGUCAUGACCGCGGGCGGCGGGUACCUCGGCACGGCGUGGACCUCGAUCCUGAUGCUCCGCCGCGCCGGGUCCGCCCUGCCGGUGCACCUCUUCCUCGACUCCCCGGCCGACUACGACCCGCACCUGUGCGGCGUGGUGCUGCCGAAGCUAGGCGCCGAGUGCCUGCUCUUCUCGUCCGUCCUGCGGCCCGCCGACGGCGUGAGCCACUACCAGUACAAGGUCCUCUCGAUCCUGCUGUCCCCCUUCGAGCGGGUGCUCUACCUCGACUCGGACGCCUGGCCGAUCCUGUCGCCGGACCACCUCUUCGCCACGGAGCCCUUCGCCUCCUACGGCCUCAUCACCUGGCCCGACUUCUGGCUGUCGACCAUGUCCCCCCACUUCAACGAGGUCGCGGGCUUCGAGGCGCCCCCGCUGCUGAAGCGCCGCACCUCCGAGUCGGGCAUCCUGCUGUACGACAAGAGGUCCCACGCGCGGAGCCUGCUGCUCGCGACUUUCUACAACUGGUACGGCCCGGGCUGCUUCUACCCGCUGCUCUCCCAGCACGCCCCGGGGGAGGGCGACAAGGAGACCUUCGUGCAGGCGGCGCUGGCGCUCUCGGAGCCCUUCUACGACGUCUGGACGCCGGACGACGUGGUCGGGCGGUGGAUCAACGGGUCCUACGAGACCGCGGCCAUGCUCCAGGCCGACCCGGCCGAGGACUACCGUCUGCAGUCCACCGGCCCCGGCGCCGACCUCACGGCGGACCACGCCAAGGAGCCCCCCGCCGCGAGGAAGGCGAAGCCCCUAUUCAUCCACCACAACCUGUUCAAGGUGAACCUCUUCAAGAUCGGCGCCUCGUCGGAUCCCAUGUUCCGCCUGGACGAGAAGGGCAGGCUCGGCCGGCUCUGGGGCUUGCACAAGAAGGUGAUCAAGGACAGCGGGUUCGACGUCGAGAGGGCGAUGUGGGACACCGUCUUCGAGGCCAACUGCGGGUUGACCUCGCGGGCGGGGUGUGGCGACCUCAAACGCUGGUACGAGGCCGUUUUCGACGAGGCGGAGCCGUUGGUCGACGGGUUGUGA